AGUUUCUUUCAGAAUUGUUACUUCUAUUUUAUUUCUCAAACAAUACGAGAAAUGGAAAUGUGUUUUUCUCAUAUUUAUUUCAAAUUAAUAUGUAUACUGAUAUUUCCAGCCAUCAGUUUGACAAGCGAUUUAUUUAGAGAAGAUACAUUUACUUGGGUUGGAACAGCUUCGGUUGAAUCAAGUGAUCUUGUUAUCAAGGAAAUAAGUUUUACAAGAACCACAACUGUGUGGUGCAUAAACGAGUGCAAAAAAUUCCCCGGAUGUCGCGGCAUAGACUUCUGCAAUAUAGGAAAAAGUUUUUGUAGACUUUGGAAUGGACCAUUUGACCAACAGCCAACCGCUAAUGGAACCCAUUUAGCAGAAUGCAAUAGGUUUUCCAAAGAGACAAUAUUGGCUUCUGGUAUGAUGACAGAAUCCGUCACAAUGAUAUCCACAGAUUUGAUGCCAACGAUUGAUACAAUAAUGGGGGUGAAUGUAACGAGCCCUGGGACUACAUCACCUUUAAUAGACACAAUAACUCAACUGCUCACAACUUCUAAAGAAGACACAGCAACCUCUGGUGAAUCAACAUCAACGAAAGACAACACAAUGCAGAUUGACUUAACCACAGAUGACACUACUACAUCAGUAAAUUCAACCAAAGAUGGCACCGUAUUAGUAGACUCAACCACAGUUAAUGUCACUUCAUUAGUAGACUCAUCCACGACUGACGCCAUAACAACAAUUAACUCAACCAUAGAUGACGCCACUACAAAAAUAACUCUCACUUCACUUGGCCCUUCUAACUCAUUUGACACCAGUAUAUCAGUAGACUCCACUAGAGUUGACGCCACCACACAAAUAGGCUCCACUACAGUUGACACUACUACAUCAGUAGACACACCAACAGUUGAUGCCUCUACAUCAGCAGACACACCAACAGUUGAUGUCACUACAUCAGCAGACACACCAACAGUUGAUGUCACUACAUCAGCAGACACACUAACACUUGAUGCCAACACACCGAUAGCUGAAGUCACUACAUCAGCAGACACACCAACAGUUGAUGUCACUACAUCAGCAGACACACCAACAGUUGAUGUCACUACAUCAGCAGACACACUAACAGUUGAUGCCAACACACCGAUAGCUGAAGUCACUACAUCAGUAGACACACCAACAGUUGAUGCCUCUACAUCAGCAGACACAUCAACAGUUGAUGUCACUACAUCAGCAGACACACCAACAGUUGAUGUCACUACAUCAGCAGACACACUAACAGUUGAUGCCAUCACACCGAUAGCUGAAGUCACUACAUCAGCAGAAACACCAAUAGUUGAUGUCACGACAUCAAUAGACUUAACAACAGUUGACGUUUCAACAUCAAUAGACUCAAGAACAGUUGACGCUUCUACAUUAGUAGACUCUACCACAAUUGACGCCACUACAUCAUUAGAAUCAACCACUGUUGAUGCCUCUACAUCAGAAGACUCAACCACUGUUGAUUACUCUACAUCAGUAGACUCAACCACUGUUGAUGCCUCUACAUCAGUAGAAUCAACCACAGUUGAUGCCUCUACAUCAGUAGACUCAACCACAGUUGAUGCCUUUACAUCAGUGGUUUUAGCCACAGUUGACGCCAUUUCAUCUGUAGAUUCAACCACAGUUGACGCCACAACAGAUUCGUCUGCAGCUGAUACCACGACAACAGAGUCAUACUGUCCAGAUUGUGGAUGCUGGAUGACAAAGGGUUUAUCUGGAGCUCUCCCAAUUUACUUGAACGGCCAGCUUAAAGAAGUCAGUUGUGGGAACAGUUCAACUUAUUCAUGGACGGUAUUUCAAAGGCGAUUUGACGGUAGCGAAAGUUUCGAUAGAACAUGGCUAGAAUACGAGGAAGGGUUUGGCUCAGCCGCAGGGGAGUUUUGGUUAGGAAAUAAAUAUAUUCACUUGCUGAAUAUGCUUGGGUACACUUACCUGAGGAUUGAGGUCAUAACCUUUGACAACGUUGUCGGUUUUAUUGAGUAUCCUGACUUUCAAUUAGGGGAUUCAACCGAGAACUAUCUGUUAAGAAGUAUUGGGACACCAGCAGCAAGUUCAGUUGUGGAUGACAGUCUGGCGGACAGUGUUUCAAGAGCUUUUUCAACACCAGAUAUGGAUAAUGACAACAACAAAGCCCAGAAAAACGGCAACUGUGCUUUGAUCUUAAAGAGCGGUUGGUGGUUUAACAAUUGUGCGGACGUCAACUUAAACGGAGAAUAUAGUCACAUCAAAGAUGCCAGUGAAAAAAUAUAUUGGUUCGGCACCUGGGGGUGGGAUAUAUCUUUGAAGGAGACUACAAUGAAGAUUAGGAAGCCUUAGAAUAUGAUAUCAUGUAUUUGUGUUCGCGAUACACUCUAUGACUGUAUUGAAGUUACUUUGAAAUCAAAGUGUCGAUAUCAUUUUUUUCGAGGAUUGUUCUUUUUGAAAAAAAAAUUAAGAGAACAACUAUUUCAUGACAAUGGAUAUUAAAGACUUAUUUGAGAAAAUAACCUAUUGUCGAAUAUGCUGUGUAAAUAUGCAACUAAAAAUAUAAUGUUCAUGAAAGAGAGACAUGCAAAAUCCAUACAUUUAUGUAUAAAAAUGAAUUUGCAUUCACAUAAUAUAUCAUAUCCUAAUAACGGAUUUCUUAUUAUUUCAUAUAAUCUCUAAUCAAAGCUGA